GUCCCGCUUCCCUGAAAACCCAGACAGCUUACAUUGUAAGUUGUUGAUGUAUAACAGAAACCAUGGGUGAACAGCACAACUGAUGAAUGUACUGUUUAACUACAGUUCAUCUUUCAAGAAUGUUUAGUUUAGCUGUAGUUGUUUACUUCUUAAUAUUCCUUGCUUCUUUUUAGGUGAAAGAUCCUUUAGCAGCUUUGACAGCAUUUAAAAGCUUCAAAAGAAAUGGGUUGGAUCUUCAGCUGGAGUGUCAGCGAAUAACAGACAUGAGUGCCGAGGAUAUUGAGUGGUCCUUUGAUCUCACAAAACACAACAUGCAAUUGCUUUAUGAGAAAAGCUCUUGGGGCUGGAAUGACAAGAAGAAGAAAGAUGAAAUGACAGAAGAUAAAGCUUGGUAUCUUAUGGCUAAAGACAAUUCAGGAAAAGGAGUUGCAUUCUCACAUUUCAGGUUUGACUUGGAAGAGGGAGAUGAAGUACUUUACUGCUAUGAAAUUCAAGUAGAACCUGGAGCACGAGCCAGAGGACUUGGCAAGUUCUUCAUGCAGAUUUUGGAGAUGAUGGCACACAGAGCCGAGAUGAAAAAGAUCAUGCUCACUGUGUUGAAAGAUAAUGAGAGAGCUAUCAAUUUCUUCACCAAAAUCAUGAAGUUCCAAACAGAUGAAACUUCUCCGGCCAUCUGGGAUCCAAUGAACCCUGAGGAUUAUUGCUAUGACAUCCUCAGUAAAACAUUAAUGAGAAAAACACAAGCAACUAAUGAUACAAUCAGCAAGGAAUAGAUAGGAUACAGCUAGAAAUUCACAAGUGACUUUCAUUAGCAAGUAACCAUGCAUUACAUCAAUUUUCCUGAUUUCCCCCUCCCUUCCGCCGUUGUUCAAUGUCAACUGAACAUGGCUUGCUAGAAACUAUCUUGUCUCUUUUUUGUAUAAGUGGGUCUGCCGGUUGCGAUAAUGAUUCCAAAUGUUGCGGUCCUUUUCAAACUUAACCGUCGUACAAAUGAACAGCUCAAAGAGCAGAAUCCGGUAAUGCGUGGGCAAAUUUUCAAACUUCUCUAGUAUAUGCUGGAUGUACGAUGUGGCGUGUAAUUGGGUGCGCAGUGUGGAUGGGCACAAACACUUGCGUCUUUAAAAUCUAGAGGUAUUAGAAUAGUUUCUAAAGAAACUGUUAGGCUGCGUAAGCGUGCAAGAGGAACAUGGCUAUUUAUCUAUUUGAAAUUGGUAAAAGGUAAGUUAACUGCUCUAGAAAGUUUGUCAGUGAAACUGAUGUUUAGAGCAAGAGCUCUUUGUCAGAGCGAAAUGACUUUGUUCUGAAGGUCUAAUGCUCGAUACGCUAGCUUCAUUAGGUACGGCGGUUAAUUUAUCUUAGUCUUCAAGUUAAUAAACAACCGAGCUAGAGUCUAGACAGACAUUUGAAAGGAGCUACGUCAUGUAAAUGGCAUCGUGAAAAAAAAAAACACCACUCUCAGUGUGGAUUCUUCGGUUCCUUUGACGCACCAUGAUCCCAGAGAUCUUGGAUUGAUCUGUUCAGUAAAGAAACGCAAAAUCCGUUUUCGGAUUCUUUGGGAUUUAAAGAUCCAAUCAUGGGUUUUCUUAAAGAAACGCACCCUUAGUAAACUGAGUAUGAAAAUCAGUUGUGUAGGACGGGGCAUGUCGUUUAUUGAUCAGACAUAUACGGUCCUUAGUAUAGUUAUUACAACGAACUUAUAACAUGGAAAUUUACUGAAAUAAAAUUUCGAGAUUGAAAUGAUGAAAAACAGAGAGGCUGUCGAGUGGUUUCUCCUACGUAAGCUGUAUACCAACGGAUCUACUGUACAUACAGACACGUAACUAUCUAACAAUAACGGCCUGAAAAACUAUAGUUAUUUUCAGCUGACCAAGUAAGGUGACGUUUACUAUAAUUGUUUAUAUGGUGUUUUUCAACCUUUUCUGACGAUAAUUGUAUGUAUCAGAAAAAUAAUAUGACCUAUCAUGACAGCUGGUUGAAGUGGAGAGAUUUUGACAUUGCAGAUUUCUUGCAUCCUUGAACAUCAAGAAGAAAAGAAACCAAGAUUGGCUGUUUGCUAUUUGACUACUAAACUCAGUAAGCAGAGCGAUGUUAGAAUGUAUUUUUUCCUAUCACUCCGUAACAUCGUUAUCGUUGAACUAGUCUUGCAAGUCAAAUGUGGCAUACUACAAAGACAAUUUCAAAACUAAUCUGGUGUACUUUUUGUAGUUAAAACUGAUCAAACAAAUAUUGUAUUAACCCUCGAAAAUCACUA